AUGACAUUUGUCCAUUCCACUUAUAUGGAAGGAGAUUACUCAACAAUAUCCAAUAAUUCAACUACUUCUGGUUCUUUCACUUCUUCUUUAGCCGCUUAUUGUUUUAUAAAUAAUCAUGAACUUCAUUGCAUACCAAUAAUUUCAGACAAUAUCAAUACCACCACCAUCAAUAUAGAACGAGAUGAAAAUGAUUUAACUCCAAACCUAUCUCAUUUCAAAAACAAGAAUCUUCUUUAUAGUCUUAAUAACCCAUCAGCAUCAGAUGUUGAACCAGAUUCCUAUUCUGCUAAACUUGAUUCCAGUAAUAACAACCACCUAUCAUCACCGUCGACGGCUUCGUCAAUAAGUGCGGCUCAUAGUGGAGAUAUAAAUUCAACAGUCAGAUCAGCUAGUCCUUCUCCUUCACCCAGCCCGUCUCCUAUUCCACUGGAAUCACAUUCAUCAAAUGCCUUAUAUCUUCCAAAACAUACAGUUAAUUUAUCCGAGAAUUUAACCAAUGGAUUCCAAGAAUUAAAGGAACUUUUAAUUCAAGUAUUUCCAAAUUGGUCAAACAAGGACGAGAUUUCAAUUAGUCAGUUAACCGGAGGAAUUACCAAUAUGUUAUUAUCUUGUAAAUAUUUCAAUUCAAGAGUAUUGAUUAGAGUAUAUGGACAUGGAACAAAUUUGAUUAUUGAUAGAAAUCGAGAAUUUGUUUCUCAUCUUAUGUUGAAUUCAAUCGAUUUGGCUCCCCCUGUUUAUGCUAGAUUUAAAAAUGGGAUGAUUUAUGGAUAUCUUGAUGGAAGAUCAUUACAACCACAAGAAUUAACUCAACAAAAUAUAUAUCCUUUAAUUGCACAACAAUUGGGGAAUUUACAUUGUCGAUUGAAAUUUGAAUUGAUUGAUUCUGCAGUUUCGAAGAUUAGAUCAUUGAAAUUUACCAGAUCAAAUAGUAGUACAACUAAAAAGAGUAACAAUAGCAGAAAGAAGAAAUAUAUCUCAAAUGUUUGGGAAUUAUUAGAUACUUGGACAGAUAUCAUCCCAACUACAAAUCCAAACAUAAUUCAAUCUUUCCAAACCCAUCUCCCGAAUAUCGCAGUCACCCCUGAUAAUUUCCGCCAAGUAAUCAAAGACGAAAUCCAAUGGGUUAAACAUUAUCUUGAAGAUAAGGUCGAAUCUCCAAUAGUAGCAUCUCAUUGUGAUUUACUUUCAGGUAACGUAAUCAUCCCCGACGAAUCCCAACACCCACUUCCAGGAAUAACUGGCCCCAGCCCGAACCUACCUCCCAUUUCUGAAAACCCCAUCAAAUUCAUUGAUUAUGAAUAUAUGCUUCCUGCUCCACGUGCAUUCGAUAUCGCGAACCACCUUGCGGAAUGGCAAGGGUUUGAAUGUGAUAGAUCCCGGAUCCCGGAUCCUAGUAUGACAAACCCAACAAUUGUAAAUUGGGUUAAGGCAUAUCUUAAUGAUAUGAAUGCUAGUGAAGAACAAGUUAAACAAUUAAUAGAAGAAAUUAGAAUGUAUUAUGGAAUGCCAGGAUUUUAUUGGGGGAUUUGGGCGGUUAUUCAAAGUGAAUUGUCAACUAUUGAUUUCGAUUAUGCUGAAUAUUCCGUUAUGAGAUUACAAGAAUAUUGGGAUUGGAAAUUGAAAGUUACAAACUAG